CGAAAACAUGUGCCAUUGCUAGGGGAUUUGUGAUUCUUUCUCAUUCUAAUCCAAGUUAGUUUGAUGGUUACAGUUUAGAUUAACGUUGGAGUUUCAUACCAUUUUAAAUUUCGUCUUUUUCAUUCUGUUUAUAAUUUUGAUAAAGAUACUGAAAAAUGACUCUGUUUCAUUUUGGAAACUGUGUUGCCCUUGCAUAUGUACCAUACUUUCUCACUUACAAGUUUUCCGGACUAUCAGAAUAUGGAGCAUUUUGGAAGUGUGUUCAGGCAGGAAUGAUGUAUCUUCUUACUCAGUUAUGUAAAAUGUUAGUUUUGGCAACAUUUUUCCCAACCAGCGAUAUCAGUGGAGUUGGUAAUAUUGAUGUUGUGGGGGCUCCCAUAAGGCUGGACAUGGAAUUCAUGAAGUCAACAGUGGAUCUGGCAGACUUAUUGGGCUUGCAUUUUGUUAUGACAAAGAUAGCUGGAAAAGGUGAGACUAAGUUCCUUGUUGCAGGACUUGGCUGGGCUACAGCUGAACUUGUUGUUACAAGGUUUCUUCCCCUUUGGGUUGGAGCUCGAGGAAUUGAGUUUGACUGGAAGUACCUUCAGAUGAGUUUUGACUCUAACAUCAGUUUGGUGCAUCAUAUUGCAACUGCUACAUUGGUGUGGUUGUGGACUCGUCAUGACUUACGUAAAACUCAUCUUCCUGUUGUCACAUUACUUCUUGCACUAAGCUGUUACAGACCACUUAUUGUUGAGUUGUUUGUGCAUACAUUUGGAGUUGGUUCUUGGAUUAUUCUACUCAUCAAAGCAUCUGGAGCAGUGUCAAUGGGCCUGAUUUCAUUACAUAUUUACCUCAGUUUAGCACAGUCUCUCAAUUCUUACUGACCAUUAGCCUUAGUAAGUGAUAGUGGUAAUAAAAAAAAUUAAGGAUUUUAAUGUUAUUGUGAACAAAAUUACUAGCCUGUAAUUUUUUUUUUUACAGUUGCUGUUUCAAGUUAUCAGAUAACUAAUUUUAUUAAUGAGUGGAAAAAGAAGUGGUUGAGUAAAAGAAAAACAAAUUAGGCCAUUAACACAGUCUAUAAUCUUCAAUAAAUGGAAAAUAUAAAGGGGUGAGGAGGAAAUACUUUAAUACCUUUUGUUUAUAAUAAUAUCAAUUUAACAUUGUUUGGUUUCAGUGUAAAGGUUUUUUUCUCAAUGCUUGAUGAAGUUAAUUUUGUUUUAUGAGGGAACUUCAUAAUAGUGGAAUAAAUACAUCAGGGUAAUAAAUUAUCCCUAUUUGAGAUGACAUGAAUUUUUUUCUUUAAUUAAGAGACUGGUUUUAAUAAAACAAUUUGGAUAUUUCACUAAUCACUGUAGGAAUAUGUAUGUUGUAAAAGUAGCCAUGUUUCAUUAUGUUAUAAGUUGUGAUUCACUCCAGGACCAAAAAGAUGAACUUUUGCAGCCUUUCUCUUUUAGUACAUAGCUUACUGACUGUGGUGGGAAGUUAAGUCUUAAUGAAAAUGUGGUUAAUGUUCUUUUUAAGUCGUUUAUUUUGUACUUUGAAACACUAUAUACAUAUAUAUAACUUUAAAAAUUCAGAUAAAAUAAUCUUUAUCAGCCUAGCAGUUUGCAAGAUGCAAUUUUCUACAUAAAAUUUAUGUAUAAUGGAACAUACUGAACUUCCAUACAGUGAUUUGAUUUUCAAAUUACUAAAAAAUUAAAAUUAGAUACUUAUUAAUUUUGAGAAAGCACAUAUUUAUUGCUAAAACAAAUAUUUCUUAGUUUGAUAUGUUUGUAAAUAAUGUGUUCAUUCGUCUUAUGAAACUGAAUCUGUUUUGAUUAAAUCUACUGUUUUUUAAAAUAAUUUGUAGUGGAAAAAUAUACUAGAUAUCUUGUACAUUAUUUGACUGAGCAAACCAGAGGAACCAAUAAAAUUGAGACAUUAAGAUAUUAUAAGUAGAUCUA